AUGAGCUGCUACUAUGGCAACUACUAUGGUGGGCUGGGCUAUGGCUAUGGUGGCCUAGGCUGUGGCUAUGGCUGUGGCUAUGGUGGCUGUGGCUAUGGUGGCUAUGGCUGUGGCUAUGGUGGCUGUGGCUAUGGUGGCUAUGGCUGUGGCUAUGGUGGCUAUGGUGGCUAUGGUUAUGGAUGCUGCCGCCCACUCUGCUAUAGAAGAUGUUCCACUCCUGACAGCAUGAGCUGCUACUAUGGCAACUACUAUGGUGGGAUGGGCUAUGGUUAUGGUGGCCUAGGCUGUGGCUAUGGCUGUGGCUAUGGUGGCUAUGGCUAUGGUGGCCUAGGCUGUGGCUAUGGUGGCUAUGGUUAUGGAUGCUGCCGCCCACUCUGCUACAGAAGAUACUAUUCCUAUGGCUUCUACUGA